AUGGCGUCGCAGCACGUGUCGGUUCUCGGCCUGGUUGGGCUCGUGGUCGCGCCCGCAGUGCUUGCGACACUCGGUGUCAACGGCAGCGCGGAACUGAAAGCGUUCGGGCGCAGCGGCGCGCUGAAUGUGAGCACCCAAGUCGGCCCACCCCCACGCCUGGUAGCGAUCGUCAGGAAAGGUGUGCAGCGCUUCAGGGGUUUGAGGGGCGCCAUGGGCAGGCUGCUCAAAACGGGCGGCAGGGAGUUCUUCCGCGUUCUCAGCAGCGUUUUGCCCGGCACCGCCGGCCUGAAUGUGCUCGUCUCAAGAUCAGGGCCGGUGGCAACAGAUAAUGUGAACAAGGCGUUCGAUGAAUUUUGUUCAUCACUCAACCAGAUGGUGAAGACAAAAGUAAUAACGGUUGCAAACGCUGAAGCUUUACGCAACCAAACUGCAAGAGAACUGAUGAAGGUGCUCCAGGAGAAGAUAGGUGUUAACCAAAUAAAAGGUUCAUCUGACUGUGUAAAUGGAACGUUGUGA